GUUAAAUACAUGUAUAUUUAGUUUGCGUUUUAGUGUUACGAUCAGUAAAACUGGUGAAACACUUUUCAAGUGGCAUUUGAGUGGAACUUUUAGUAUUCACUUUUAAUCGUAUUUAACAUAUAAUAUAAUAAUUAAUAUUCAGAAUAAUAACCAGAGAUAUGACGAGCGGAAAGGUAGACAUCAAUGGUUGGCCCAUUUGGUACGAAAAGUUUGGUACGGGUUCUGAAGUACUACUCUUAAUACCAGGUGCUAUCGGCACCGGGAAGAGUGAUUUUUUGCCCCAAUUGGAGGGCGAUCACGCUUUUGAUCAAGAAAAAUAUACGCUCGUAUGCAUAGAGCUUCCCGGUUGGGGCCGAUCCCGACCUCCCGAGAGAAAGUAUGACAAAAAUGUCUACAAUAACGACGCGGACGUGGCUUUUAAAUUAAUGGAUUCAUUGGGUUACAAAUCAUUUUCGGUGAUCGGUUUCUCAGAGGGCGGGAAAGUCGGUAUUCAUAUGUGCCUUAAAAAUCAGCCCCGCGUUAAAGGACUCGUCCUGAUCUCCAUCUUCGUGAAGAUAACGCCCCAAACUGUGGCCCCGACUCUGGCCACGCAAAACACCAGUCUUUGGCCCCAAGAGGUGCGCGACAACUAUGUGCCCGUUUAUGGGGAUGAGGUGCAGGCCAUGUGGGACGGGUAUAUCAACUUUUGCAAAGUAUAUGCCGCUGCCUUUCCCAACGGAUACGUCACUAAUAAGCUCCAGAAUAUCAUGUGUCCGGUCCUACUAUUUCACGGCGAUAUGGAUCCGUUGUGUAGUUUGGAUCAUCCGUUACACGUGGAGAAAAACGUACAAUACUGUCAAUUACAUAGAUUUAAAAGGGGCGCCCAUAACUGCCAUCACAAAUAUCCGGCUGAAUUUAUGAGAGUAACCGAACACUUUCUCAAAGAUUAUUUACAGUACAUCAUGAACUGGGUGAACUUGUUCACACAGUUCAUGUUCACACAAAUCAUUGUUACUAUUAUGACGAGCGGGACGUUUACUGUUAACGGCUACCCAAUUGGGUACGAUAGGUAUGGCACCGGCCCGUCACCUGUGCUCAUGAUACCCGGUGCUAUCGUAACAAUGCUUUGUAUUGAAACGCAAGGCACGGGUAAAACCGAUUUUUACGAACAGUUGGAAGGGGACGACCAGUUAGAUCAGCACAAAUUCACCAUCAUCGCUGUGGACCCGCCCGGUUGGGGCCGAUCCCGACCACCCGCUCGCAAAUAUGAUCAAAACCUAUACAAUAAUGACGUGGACUGUUAUAUUGAACUCAUGAAACAUUUAGGGUUUGAAAAAUUUCACGUGAUCGGUUGGUCUGAUGGCGCGAUUGCAGGCGUAUGGAUGGCCUGCAAAUAUCCCGGUGUUGUCACACGAAUGGCAGUUCACGGCAUUUUGUGCACUCUAUACCCGCAAACCAUAUAUGUAUUGAAGUCGACCCGUAAUGUCGAGGGUUGGCCUAAAGAGAGACUCGACGCCUGUCUUCGUUCGUACGAAAGCAAAGAAGAUAUACAGAAACUAUGGGACAGACACUUGAAGUUUGUCGACUAUUUUAACUCGUAUUUCCCGCAGGACACCAAUAUUAGCAAGUAUUUAAAAGUCAACUGUCCCAUUCUGGUCAUGCAUGGCGAUAGGGACCCAAUCAGUACAAUAGAGCACCCUGAUCUGCCCGAUUACACCGAUUCCCCGCCGGUAACCAUGACUUGCACUCCAGAUAAA